AUGGUUCACGGCAGGGUGCUUGGGACGCGUCUAGGGCCGCGCUGCCAGUCACUGCUCAAGGCCGGCGUCCUCCGAUGCAGCGCCCCCGCGGAAGCCGCCAACGUCGUUCCAAAGACGGUACACUAUCGGGCCUUUAGCAUCACGCCGCAAACUUUCCGUGAGAGGAAGCCCUUGGGCAAAGAUGAGUCUAUCGCGGCGGUUACGAAUGGGGCCGAGCCAGCGAUUAACCCUGCCUUUGCGGAUAUUGCGUUUGCAUUCGAUAUUGAUGGUGUCCUGUACAAGGGACAAGAAGGCAUCCCUGGUGCGAGAGAGAUGCUGCAGAAAAUCAGACAGCAAGGGCUACGCUACGUGUUCUUGACGAACGGCGGUGGCGCCCAUGAGAAUGCCAAGGCGGCUUCAUUAGCGAAGCGGCUAGGCAUUGAGAACCCUGAAUACGUGCUUAAGGAUAGAGUCAUCCUGUCGCAUACGCCAAUGCGAGGCUGGGAUGACGACAUUAAGAAGAACGGAACUGUGCUGAUCACGGCAUCACAACCCGAAACGGCAAGGCAGCUUGCCAGACAAUACGGGUUUCAGCGAGCGGUGACGCCAGCGGACCUGAUCGCGGCAAACCCGCACAUCUACCCUUUCGCUCACCUCCGCGACAGCCUCCACAAGGAGACGUCACCGCUACCCGACGGCAAGAGCGCCGCCGCCAUCACGGACCCGUACAGUCGGUCCAUCCCGCCCGACGCGCUCAAGGUCGACCAGAUCCUGGUGUGGAACGACCCACGCGACUGGGCGCUCGACAUCCAGGUGAUCCACGACCUGCUCGUCUCGCACCGGGGCUACCUGGGCACGCUGUCCUCGCACAACGGCGACGCGUCGCUCGCGGACGCCGGGUGGCAGCAGGACGGGCAGCCGGCGCUGUGGAUCUCCAACCUGGACCUGGUGUGGCGGACGGAGCACCCGGUGAACCGCUUCGGCACCGGCGCGUUCCUGGAGGCGCUCAAGGGCGUGUGGGCGGGCGUGACGGGCGGCGCCGCGCCGCUAAGGUACCGCGCGCUGGGCAAGCCGUCGCGGCACACGUACGAGUAUGCGCACGAGCGGCUGCUGCGCGGCGACGGCGGGAGGAAGCCGCUACGGCGGGUGUACAUGGUCGGGGACAACCCGGAGAGCGACAUCCGCGGGGCCAACGAGUUCGCGCCGAGGGACGGCGCAAGCUGGGAGUCGAUACUGGUGCGCACCGGGGUUUUCCAGCCGACUGAGACGGAGCCGGAGCCGCGGUACAAGCCCACGGUGGUUGUCGACGACGUGGUGGACGCGGUGGUGUGGGCGCUGCGGAACGAAGGCGCGGACGUCUCGAGGGAGUGGCUGCUUUCUGCUUAG